AUUAGUUAAAUUGGCGGGAAACGUGUUUGCCUGUUAGAAAAUGUCGGCCGUGUAACGAUUUGUCAAUUUUUCUUACGUGUAAUUAAAUAUUUUGCCAGUAUGGGUAUUUUAGGCUUAUCGAAGCUCAUAGCAGACAUAGCUCCGGGAGCUAUCAAAGAGCGAGAAUUGAAGCAUUAUUUUGGUCGUAAAAUUGCUGUUGAUGCCUCUAUGUGUUUAUAUCAAUUUCUCAUAGCUGUGCGCAGCGAAGGAGCUCAGCUCACUACCGUAGAUGGUGAAACGACAAGCCAUUUAAUGGGUACAUUUUAUCGGACCAUACGUUUAGUAGAACAAGGGAUAAAGCCUGUAUAUGUAUUUGAUGGAAAGCCACCAAAUUUAAAAAGUGGAGAAUUAGCUAAACGUGCUGAAAGGAGAGAUGAAGCACAAAAACUCUUACAAGCUGCUGAAGAAGAUGGAAAUGUGGAGGCUAUAGACAAAUUUAGCAGAAGAUUGGUUAAAGUUACAAAAAAUCAUGCCGAUGAAGCUAAACAAUUACUCCAAUUAAUGGGCAUACCUUAUAUUGAUGCUCCUUGCGAGGCUGAAGCACAAUGUGCUGCUUUAGUGAAAGCUGGUAAAGUCUUUGCCACUGCUACAGAAGAUAUGGAUGCACUCACUUUUGGCUGCAAUGUGCUACUUCGACGUUUAACUCUCAGCGAAGCCAGAAAAUUACCUGUACAAGAGAUUCAUUUGGAUAAGGUUCUUACAGAUUUAGAGUUGAAUCAUGAUGAGUUUAUUGAUCUCUGUAUUAUGUUGGGUUGUGAUUACACUGGGAGUAUUAAAGGCGUUGGUCCAAAAAGGGCAAUAGAAUUGAUAAAAAAUUAUAGAUCUCUUGAUAAAAUUAUUGAAAAUAUAGAUACCAAAAAAUAUUCUGUACCAGAAAGUUGGAAUUACAAAGAGGCAAGACUAUUAUUUCAAGAACCUGAAGUAAUGAAUGCAGAAGAUAUCCAAUUAAAAUGGUCUGAACCAGAUGAAGAAGGUCUGGUCAAGUUUUUAUGUGGUGAUAAACAGUUUAGUGAGGAACGGGUCAGAAAUGGAGCUAAAAAACUUCACAAAGCUCGAAAUACUUCCACACAAGGCAGAUUGGAUUCAUUCUUCAAAGUUUUACCGACGACCCCGACACCGAAGCGAAAGAUAGAAGAAAAAAAGCUACCAGCUAAAAAGGCGAAAACAGCAGGUAAUAGUAAAUUCCGGGGAAAAGCAAAAUGAGAAUAAUACUAUAAACUUCACAAACAGGUACAAUGUUAAAAUUGCAUAUUUAUAUAUUUACAAGA